UCUAUUUCCACAAUGGUGGUCAGGUGGCCUGCGCCUUUACUGGUGCGCAGAACAACACCAACGCUGAAUUUACUUCCCCAAACCAUGGUUAAAUAGUCUGGUCAAAAAAUACUGGCCAUCUAUCUUAUUUGGAAAGAAGACAGACAGCAUUCAAUACCUCAGAGGCACUAGGUGACAUCCAAGCUUUUCCAAGUUCAUUCAUCCUAGGCAGCCCAGCCCUGUGUCGUGAUGUCAGGACCCGGGAGAGACAGUGAUCUGGAGUCGGACCACGCAGUAGACUGGUCCAUGAUGGACAUGCGGCUGGACUCGUUCCGGGGUUCCCCCCUGGCCCAGCAGGUGUCAUCGGAGAGGCUGGCCCGCGCUGGGUUCUACUUCACGGGACAGGCCGACAAGGUGCGCUGCUUCAGUUGCCACAAGACUGUAGAGAACUGGCGUGGAGGUGACGCACCCGUGGAGAGGCACGCGGAGGUCUCCCCCAGCUGUAAGUUCCUGAGCUGCACCCAUCGAUCCAGGGUUAACUCUCUUCAAGGUGCCAUGCUGACCAAUGAAACCUCAUACAACGAAGACGCUGAGGACAUGGAGUUCCGCCUGAGGACGGGAGAGGUGGUAGACGAUACCACCUACCCCAUGGCCCCGCACAUGGCCAGCGAAGACUCCCGGUUCAACACCUUCGGCCCGUGGCCCUCCACAUCCCCGGUCCGACCUAGAGAGCUGGCCCAGGCGGGGCUCUUCUAUCUGGGGGAGGGAGACCAGGUGCAGUGCUUCUGCUGUGGAAGGAUGCUGAAGGGCUGGGAGGCUGGGGACACUGCGUGGGGAGAGCACUCCAAACACUACCCCUACUGCUUCUUCAUCCUGGGGCAUGAUGUGGGGAACCUCCCCUCUCAGAGGGGGAGGGAGGUGGAGGAGACCAGGCCAUGCCUGGGUCCUCGGGUCCCCAUGCAGAGCUUUGAGGAGAGGCUAGGCAGCUUUGCAGGAAUCCAGCACCACCCUAUUGACCACGAGAGGCUGGCCAGAGCAGGCUUCUACAACACAGGUGCACCAGACCAUGUGGGGUGUUUCCGCUGUGGUGGAGGUCUGAAGGGCUGGCAGCAGGAUGAGGAUCCCUGGGAGGAGCACGCCAAACACUAUCCUGGGUGCAGUUUUCUACUGGCUGAGAAAGGACAGGAGUUCGUCAGCAGCGUUCAGCUACAAGGUCCUGGCCGGAACAAUGCUGCUUCAAGUCACCUAAAUGGAUGUUCAAGUCGUGAGACUGAGGUGCUGCAGUCAGCCAAUGCCCAGAAGGCGGUGGAGAUGGGUCUGGAGCCUGCCUUGGUAGAGAGGACAAUACAGGAGAGGAUACGCAGGGAUGGGACAGGUUACUCCACCCUGGAAACUCUGCUGCAGGACUGCUUUAACAGAGAUCCUGACAGCGACACAGAGAACCAUGACGAGGGUCCCCUUGAGAAGCUACGGAAGCUGCAGAGGGAGAAACAGUGCAAAGUGUGUAUGGACAGAGACAUCUGCAUCGUCUUCAUUCCCUGUGGGCACCUGGUCGUCUGCAAGGAGUGUUCCGAGGCCCUUGACAAGUGUCCCAUCUGCUGUUGUGCCAUCACACAAAAGCUCAAGACAUACAUCUCCUAACAUGCAACCUGGUGCCAGGGAUUGUCAUCUCAGAGUAGGAGUGCUGACCAAGGGCCAGGUCCUGCCUCUUAAUCAUUAUGUUUUAAAAGGCAAAAGUGAUCCUAGAUCAGCACCUAAUAUGAGAUGUUUAAAUAAUGUGGGCCCAAGAGGAUGAGAGACUUUUUUUUUUAAAUGGCAAUGUUGCUUUACCUUCUCAAUUAUUUUAUUAACACAUGCUUUCCUACUACAAAUGUACAUAAAGAUAUUUUAUUUGAGGAGAACCACUGUAAAUAUGAAUAAGAGAAUCAUGAGAAGUGUGGGGAUUUUGUUUUUCAAUGAUUGUUUUAAAGAUGACAGACACUUCCUUGUUAUGUGAUGUAGUGUUCGCUCACUGAUACAAUACCCAAGAGGCAAUGGGCCUCAAUCUUCAAACCAAGAUGAGAAACUAAGGUUGAGACUAGAUGGAGUACAGCUACGGACAGAAGGGACUUUACGUAGCAGGUUAGCAGAACUAAUGAAGGUGAGUCAAAAAGGCAACUUCUUGUCAAUGGCUGUACUCUAUACACCCACAGUUCUGAUACUUCUGCUGUACAGAACCAUGAUCUACCAUUGCAGUUAUCAACAGUGCCUUUUCCAAAUAGUUUAAUUUACUUAGUGUAUAUUUUCUUUAUUCUGACUAUUAUGCCAUUUCCAUGUUUUUGUCAUAUUUCUCUUAAUAUUAUGAAGUUGUUGACUGGGCUUUCCUUAUUGGUUUGCAAAUCAUGAGUUUCUCGUUAGUUUGUAAAUGACAGGUUUCUGAAAUAGAAGUCCUGAGGGUUCCCAAACAUAUGUUCCUUAGGCCAACUAGUAUGCUUUCACUUGUAUGAUUCCUUGUGUGCUCUGUGAAUAAAUGGAUGAAUUGUAUACUUGGAUCAAUUUCCAUUAUUUAGGUAUAACUGCAUAACUGAUAUCAUGUUAUUCUGGAAUUAAUCUUUCCUUUGCACAUCAGUGCAACUCCUGUUUGACGGAAAGUGGACGAAAAGUGAAAAAUAAAUCAUGUUUUAAAAAAUA